ACAUCUCUAUCUUCGAUAAUAGAUUGUUACAAUUGGAACAUGUCAAACCCUGAGAGGCCUAUCAAGAAGCAGAAGGUUGCUCACGAGCCCCAGUCACAGUCUGCUCCUCGAUUGGGAUCUGAUUCUGACUCCGAUGAAGAGCUUCCCUCAUAUAUGCAGCAAAAAACGAACUCUACCUCGAACUCAAGAAACACUUUCAUUUACUUAGACACCAUUAAUCGUAACUUGCUAGAUUUCGAUUUUGAAAAAAUGUGUCUGAUUUCCCUAGCAACAAAUUUUGUUUACGGUUGUUUGGUCUGUGGGAAAUAUUUCCAAGGGAGAUCACCCGGUUCCCAUGCUUACAACCAUGCAAUUAAUGAAAACCACCAUAUAUUCGUCAAUCUCGAAACUACAAACUUUUAUAUAUUACCUGACAAUUACCAAAUUCAAAAUGACGAAAUUUUGAAGUAUUUAUCUGAUAUAAAGUUAUUAAUUAGUCCUCAAUACACCAAAGACGAUAUUAAGAAUCUUUCCCAUAUCGCAACUGCCAAAGAUCUUAAUAACAAACCUUAUCAUGUUGGGUAUAUUGGCUUGAACAACAUUUCGAGUAAUGAUUAUUCCAAUGUCAUAUUACAAUUACUAGUCCAUAUUCCAGAAAUUCGGAACUUUUAUUUAAGUCUUUCAUUACCGGAGUCUGAAGAUAUGAAGGACAAAAUAAACCGUAAAUCUAUAUUGCAUGAAAAACUUGGUCUAUUUGUUAGAAAGAUCUGGUCUUCUCACUUGUUUAAACCUCAUAUAUCACCACAUGAGCUUUUACAAUUCAUAUCAUUAUUAAGUCAAAAAAAAUUCACUAUCAACGAGCAGAGGCUGCCGAAGGCUUUUUUGGUAUGGCUUCUAAAUCAAUUACAUCUUCAAUUGGUUAAAGCUACAAAAAAAAGUAAAACAGUGCUUUCAGAAACUUUCCAAGGUAACAUAGAAAUCAAAACAACAACGUUAAUUGCUAACGAUAACAAGGAUACUAAGAAAGUUGAUUUUGUCCUAGAUACAGCUUCAACAAAACUGAUAAAACUGAAGUUUUGGCUCUUAUCACUCCAAUUACCAGAUACGUCACUACUUGCAAACUCCGGGUUGUUAAAUCGAAAUGGAGAUGAUACUGGUCAACUUCCACAAAUAUCUUUAUUGGAACUUUUAGAGAAAUAUAAUGGUGAGAGCACUCAUCAAACUUCACCUUCAGAAGUAAAACAAUAUAAAUUGUUGCAGCCAUUGCCAAAGUACAUUUUAAUUCAUGUUGAUCGUGGUUUAGAAGAAGGCUCUAGAGGGAGUCCGAUGGUUGUUAAAUACCCAGAGAUAAUAAAUAUGGCACCAUACGUUGCAGGCGCUAAUGGAGAAUUGAAUUAUAAACUAGCUGGUAAUAUUACUCAUCAACUAGUUAAUGGGCAAAAAUUAGACCGCUCUGAUGAUAAGCAUCAAUGGUCGAUAAGCUUGCCUAAGACUAGUGAUAAUUGGGUUACAAUCAAUAACUUACAAAUUGAUACCUGUGAAAGAGAAUUGUUAUUCUUAAAAGAAAGCUAUAUACAAUUAUGGGUUCAAUGCUAAAAGUCUUUACUAAUAACAUUGUAAGAAUGAUCAAUGAUACCUUCGAAUUUUUUUUGAGUAAGUACUUUAUAAAUUUGAGUAUCCUUACCCAAUACCU